UGAAUUUUAAAGAAAACGACUGAUGUAGGAAAGCUGAUGAAAUAUUUCAUCUCUGCUGCAUUUUCACCUUUUUAUUGCAGUUUGAAGUAGUUUCUGUUCAACCUAGAGUAUCUUACAUGAUUGAAAGAGAGAAAGUGGCAUUAUGAAUGUCCUUUUAUCAAAUAUGCGACAGUUUACUGGUCGGACAAAGCAAGUGAUUUUCUCAGAUGUUCACAUAGCCCAGUUGAGAUCAUUUAGAAGAGCAGCACAAGAUGGAAAAGGACUAUCUAGAAACCCUAAGAAGAAAAUUGUUGAUGUCAAAUUCGACAAGGCACACCUAGAGCAGUUUAAUGUUGUUUAUGAUGAUGUUCCAAAGAAACUUCCGUUCAACAGACUGUUCAAACCUUUUGUAUUUGCAGGAGUAUUCACUGGAUGUGCAUUUAGUGGGGCAGCAGUCUGGCAAUAUGAAGAAGCACGUAGCAGGGCCAUCAACAGACUCAGGCAGCGUUACUCAGGUUUCUUUGAUGCAAGGGAGAGAAAACAUGGUGAAUUCAGAGAUAUGAUGCAUCAAUGGUAUGGCAGAUUAACCGGAACUCAGAAGGUCGUCCUUGGCAUCGUAGCAGCUAACAUUGCAGUAUUUACUUUCUGGAGGAUACCGGCAAUGCAGCACUUCAUGAUACAGUGGUUUAGUGCAAACCCUGCUGCCAGUGCCACUUGCCUACCAAUGAUCCUUUCUGUCUUUAGUCAUUACUCCCUCUGGCAUUUAGGAGUCAACAUGUAUGUCUUAUGGAGCUUCUCUGGUAGUAUAGGGAGUGUGCUCGGUAAAGAGCAGUUCCUUGCAAUGUACCUCAGUGCUGGUGUGUGGUCUUCCUUUGCAAGCUACGCGCUAAAGAUUGCCACUUCAAGAUUCAAUCCCUCAUUAGGGGCCUCAGGUGCAAUAAUGGCCGUCUUGGGAGCAGUUUGUGUACAGUAUCCUGAUGCCAGAUUAGCCAUUGUCUUUCUUCCUUUCAUCACCUUCUCUGCAAGCACAGGUCUUGUAGCUCUCUUAGGUCUGGAGACUACAGGAGUUCUUCUCGGCUGGCAGUUCUUUGACCAUGCUGCUCAUCUUGCUGGAUUAUUAUUUGGAUGCUACUAUAUAAAGCACGGUCACAAAGUAUUCUGGGACAAGAGACAGCACUACCUUGAGCGGUGGCAUAAACACAGAGGAAAACCGAGUGAGGUCUGAAUAAUAAGACUAAGCAACAAACUCUUAAAUGAUAAAACUGAUCUCGGCGAUCAUCAAUACUGUGAUGUGAGCUGUGGGCGAAGAUUAGUCAUAUCUUUGUGGAUGAACCUGACUGGCAGAGGAUAAUUUGAAGUCUUGUUUCAUGAGGAAGCCAAUUUUCAUUCUGAUGAUCAACUCCGCAAUGUUGCGAUGCCAGCGGA